AUGCUCGCCAGCUUUGCCUCAGCCUCCUCUGCAUCGGCCUUGAGUUGUGUCUUUCGCCUUUUGGCCGCGGCUAUCAAUCGGCGCAAGUUUUUCUCCCGCUGCACGGCCCUCUCUAUCUUGCCAUCCAGCUCCUGCACCGCAAGCACCGUCGCCGCGGUCUCCUCCACCUGCCUCCGCAGCCUUUUGUCCAGCACCGCGAGCCGCUGUGCCCGCUUCUCCACCGCCCGCCGCGACUCCCUGGCCUCCAACUUGAUGUCCGUCACGAGCGCCGCCCAGUCAAACGGCCGCGUGCUCGCAGGCGGCGACAGCGACGGCGACCCCUCGUCGGCCCCUACGAGGGGCGCAGUGGGGCUCUGCGAGGGCAGCUCCGAUAGCGCCGUCGUGGGGACCAAAAAAAGGAAAAAAAAAGCACACACACAAGCCAAGAAAGUGUGGGCGGAGUGGAAGGCCGCGGGAGCGACUUCCCUUAAAGCGCCGAUUGUUGCCGCUGUCACGAGCGAGGGAAAACCCUUGUGA